AUGAAAUUUGGUAAAACAUUCCCUAAUCACCAAGUUCCAGAGUGGAGUCAUCAAUAUGUCAAUUACAAGUCUCUGAAGAAGCUAAUCAAGGAGAUUUCGUUGGCUCAGGGGAGACUAUACGCUGUGGAACACGAUAAAGAUGGUGAUAUUGGGCGAGAUGAGAAUUCAAGAAAGGCAAUAAAUUCAUCUCAAGUAGAUGAGACGUAUUUCGAUCAUACAGAUGUUAGAAAAUUACUGGCUUCUUUCUUCUUUGCAUUGGAUAGGGACAUUGAGAAAGUGAAUAGUUUCUACAAUAUGCAAUAUCUGGAAUAUGAUAGGAGACUACGUCGUUUGACGUCCUCCAUGCAAUUUAAUAAUAUCAACAAUUUCUUAAACACUUAUCCAGGAGGAUUUGUGGCAUCAGAAAGACAACCUCGCCAACCGCAGACCAGUACUUCUAACCUACGAAACGAAGAUUCCCAAAAUAGUACUAUCUGUCAGAAUAUGCCACUUGUUUCCUCACACGUUCAUGAUGUGUCUGAAUCUUUGGAAGAAGUUAUAGGAAUGCUUGUCGAAUUGAGAUCUCAUUUCCGUAACCUGAAAUGGUAUGGCGAAUUAAAUAAAAGAGCUUUCACCAAGAUCUUGAAGAAAUUGGACAAAAAAGUUGGAACGAAUCAAAAGCAAUCAUAUUUGCAAGCAAGAAUUCUCCCAUUGAGUUUUUCUAAUGACUCUGAAAUUAGUAGAAAUCUAGCAAUCAUCAAUGAAUUUUUAGACAAAGUAUCAUACAAAGCAGGUAGCGAUCCUGUUUGCAACAGAGAAAAUAGUGUUGGUGAAAAUGGUCUGCGAACUUUAAGUAAUGCUCAAGACGUUGUUUCCAUGCUCAUUGAAAAGGACGAUGGAAAAUCAUUAAUCAAUGAACUUAUCGGUGCGUAUCGUUCAGUUGUUUUGAUCCCUACUAGAAUACUAGUUAAUUUGUUGAACAAAUCCGCAUUAUAUCAGUCAUUUCAAUGCAUUGAUGAAAUAUUGGAGAUAAUACCUUCAUUGGGGGAUCCCAAUGAUAUUAAUGUUCGUAACUUUUUCCAUCAUCAUGUUAUUGCUUUAGGUAAGAAUUUGACGAAGGAUAAAAGAAUGAAUGGGAAAAGCACAUCAUCUGCAACAGAGGGCAAUAAAGAGGCAGCAGAAUACCAAAAAGGCCAGGAUGAUGAAGAAAUCAACAAUAUCAACUCUCUCAUGAAAAAAACAUUGAGUUUCGAAGCUGCGGCCCCUCCAGACAGACAUGUGAGAUUGGUUGGUGCAUUUGGACCCGAUGGAAUAAAUUCUAACGAUGCUCCUGCAUCCUUGAUAUAUAUUUUACGGAAGUUACCGGCACAUUUAAGACCUUGCUUACUGCAACGCGAUAACUAUAAACGUACUCCUUUACAUUAUUCUUCACAGUACGGUUUAGUUGAAAUAACUAAAAUUAUCAUCGAAAAUUUGAAGACAUGGGGAGCGUGGAAUUCAGAUGUCCCCAUUGAUGAUGUUAGUUGGCAAGACAGUGAGUCUUUAACCCCUCUCCAUUUGGCUGUCCUGGGAACUCACCCAAUGACAGUCAAGACACUACUCUCCUUUAUGAAUCCAGCUACAUCUAUAAUCACUCCUCAGUUACUCCAUUUGGCGACAAGAUUGAAUUCACCUCCACUUAUUGAGGUUUUAUUAUCUAUUAAAGGGAUCAAUAUCAACUACCAAGACAAAGAGAGCUGUGAGACUGCCCUUUAUUUAGCAUGUAAGUCUAACCUGAAAGAAGCUGCUGCUACUUUGCUGAAAAAUGGUGCUAGCACUGAAAUAACUGAGAGACUCUUUGGUUGGACCCCCAUUUUCGCUGCAGCUACGGAAGGUCUAGAAGAAAUUGUCCAGUUGCUUUGUGAUUAUGGAGCUGUUAGCGUUGUUUUUGAUGAAAGUGGCUGGACACCAAUGGAGCAUGCAGCUUUACGUGGACAUUUGAGCAUUGCAGGGUUGCUAAAAAUAGUUGACUAUCCAGAAAUAACACAUCCUCAUAUUGCCUCUGCUAAUGUCAAACCCCUCCGCCCGGAUUCUCCAAUCUCAAUUCCAAUGACACCCACUUGGUCAAAUGAUUGUGACAAUACAGGCACAAGAGGUAGAUCACUUGUCAGAUCCGAUAGUCAGUUAUCCAUUGAGCAUGUUUCCACUAAUAACCAAAGCACUAAAAUCAGUCAAAGAGAUCUGUUAAAGACAUCUGUAACUGGUAAUGGAUUCCACAACAAGUCAAACCCGGUCUCGUUACCUCAACCUGUCAAAUCCUUUGGUCAUAAAUAUCUGGCUCAGAACGAAGCAGUUCUACUGAUUACCCUAGGUGGAAAUGACAGCCGUAGUACAAAGUCAAGUAUAUCUCUAAAGAAUGUCCCAGUGUCGGAGGUCUCCUCAACUGAGCUUGAUACUGCACUAUCCUUGGUUAUUAGUUGCAAUGAUGACUUAAACGAAACACCAAUUGUGCUUGAUUUACCAUUAGAUUCUAACCUGGAAUCUAUAAAUUUCAAAGUCCCAUUCCAGAAUGACAAGACACAUAUCGUUUACUUUGAUAUUGUACCAACAUAUGGCUCUGUUUUUCUGAAUCAAGGCCCAAACUCCUCUAGUGCUAAUGAAGAACAAAAUCUCUACUCGCCUUACCGAAACAACUCCAUUUAUGAUUCACGAAGUUCAUUGAGUUCAUAUAACUCAAAUGCUACCGAUCACAAGCCAUCUAAAGUACUAGGACGUGCAGUUGCAUUGUUAGGUAGGACGAAUGCAUCUGUUGGAAUCAACCGUCGUUCGCUUAACGAUAUGAUCACAGUUCCAAUCAUUGCAAAUGAAUCACUAAGUGUACUGGGAACGAUAACGUUUGAAUAUAUGAUGGUGACACCUUUUGAUCAUCCGAAAAUGUCAUUGGGCCGUACUGAAACGUAUUGGAAAUCCUUAGUGUCCACUCGUGUGAUUGGUCAUCGUGGCUUGGGUAAAAAUUUUAAUUCCAAAAAUUCUUUGCAAUUAGGUGAGAAUACUGUUGAAUCCUUUAUUGCAGCAGCUUCGUUGGGAGCCUCAUAUGUUGAAUUUGAUGUUCAGUUAACAAAGGAUAAUAUUCCUGUUGUUUAUCAUGAUUUCUUAGUCGCCGAAACCGGUGUAGAUAUUCCCAUGCAUGAAUUAACGUUGGAACAAUUUUUACAUCUAAACAAUGUUGAUAAUCAUAUACAGUCGUUUCAUCCAAAUGAAAGACGUCGUUCAGUGGAUGAUUCUGAUAGUGGGAUCUAUAACAGAUCAUCAGAUGGGAAAAUAAGGGGCAACGCAUACGCAAAUGUUUCCAAAGUUUUAGAAAACAGAAUGAAAUUAACAAAAACUUACAAGAAGAACAAUUUUAAGGGUAAUUCUAGAGGCCAUUCGAUUGCAUCUUCAUUUGUAACUCUAAAAGAGCUUUUCAAAAAAAUCCCAUCGAACGUCGGAUUCAACAUAGAAUGUAAAUAUCCAAUGGUCGAUGAGGCGGAAAAGGAAGAUAUAGGUCAGAUUGCUGUUGAGAUGAACCAUUGGAUUGACACGGUAUUGAAAGUUGUAUACGAUAAUGCAGCUGGACGAGAUAUUAUCUUCUCUUCAUUUCAUCCCGAUGUUUGCGCUAUGUUAUCACUAAAACAACCAUCGAUUCCAAUCUUAUUCCUAACGGAAGGUGGAAAUCAAAAAAUGGCAGAUAUUCGCGCGUCCUCAUUACAACACGCUAUCAGAUUCGCCCGUAGUUGGAAUCUUUUGGGUAUCGUAUCAGCAGCUUCACCUAUAAUUCGAGCACCAAGAUUAGCCCAAGUAAUCAAAUCAAGUGGCCUAGUUUGCGUCACUUUUGGUACUGAAAAUAAUGAUCCAGAGAAUGCAAACAUUGAAAUGGAUGCAGGCGUAGACGCUGUUAUCGUUGACAGCGUUUUAGCAGUUCGACAAGGUUUGACGAAAGAUGCAAGAGAAGAUGAAAAAAACAUUCCUAACAAAAUAUAA